AUAAUAUUCAUUGAUUGAUAUUUUACAAGAAUAAAGUAUUAAUAUUCAAGCAAAUCAUUGGCAAUUGAUUAUUUAUCAUAUAAGAUUAUAUAUUGUUAACAUGCUUCACGUCUAUUUUUGAUUAGGAGCAUUAUUUUUGAAGAGAUAAGAUGCCUAAAGGUUUGAGUUUGAAGAAGGUGCAGCCUCAAGCGACUAACGGUCAAAAGUCUAUCACACAUUUUUUCAAAGUUCCACCUAAAGGAAUACAAAAGAAAUCUUCAGAGAAUAUAACGAUUGAUGAAAUAAAACUGGGAAAACGUAAAGCAACAUCUCCUCCACAAGAAGAACGCCGUAACUUAAAAAAAUCACCAGUAAAAGAGAAUUUAGAUAUUAAUAUUUUUAAGAAAUGUAAAGUGGAACAAAAUACUAAGAGUGAAAAAUCCAUUCAGGAAAAAUAUAAGUGCAAUGAAACUAGCAGUGAUGACUGUAUCACCCCUAUCAAAUAUUGA